CAUCCCCACACUGCCCGGGUCUUCAGUGGCACCGUGCUUUGCGACCUGGGCUUCAGGGCACUGGCAACCUGAGCCCCGGGGCUGGCGCCGCAGCUCGAGAACACAGACCCUCUUCUUUCUGGUGACUCGGCCAAGCCCAAGGUCACUGGGGACGUCACACCCGGUGCUUCCCGCAGGUCACUGGAGCCUGCCCCGCGUCACCCAGCUGCGGUAGAAGCCAAGAGCUUGGUCACCCUGCGUGUGGCCGUCCUGGAGAAUUGGAGCUGCUUCUGCUCUGCAGCGACCCUCGUGAGAGACCAAGAUGGCUGAGAAGCGGGUAUCUCGGGGGGCUGCACGUCGGCUCUGGUCCCUGACCCGGAGGCGCCGGGGAGCAGCAGGGCGCCUGAAGCCAGAUGAGAUCAUGCACCAGGACCUUGUCCCACUCUGUGCUGCCGACAUCCAGGAGCAGCUGAGGAAGCGCUUCGCCUACCUGUCCGGUGGACGGGGGCAGGACGGAAGCCCAGUCAUCACCUUCCCUGACUACCCCGCCUUCAGUGAGAUCCCAGACAAAGAGUUCCAGAAUGUCAUGACCUAUCUCACCAGCAUCCCCAGUCUGCAAGAUGCUGGCAUUGGAUUCAUCCUGGUCAUCGACCGGAGGCAGGACAAAUGGACCUCCGUGAAGGCUUCGGUCCUGCGAAUAGCUGCAUCUUUCCCGGCAAACCUGCAGCUGGUCCUCGUCCUUCGCCCGACAGGAUUCUUCCAGAGGACCCUGUCAGACAUUGCCUUCAGGUUCAACAGAGAUGACUUUAAGAUGAAGGUGCCGGUCAUAAUGCUGAGCUCAGUGCCAGAACUGCAUGGCUACAUCGACAAAUCACAGCUGACCGAGGACCUCGGGGGUACCCUGGACUACUGCCACUCUCGCUGGCUGUGCCACCGCACGGCAAUCGAAAGCUUUGCCCUCAUGGUGAAGCAGACGGCCCAGAUGCUGCAGUCCUUCGGGACUGAGCUGGCGGAGACGGAGCUGCCCAACGACGUCCCGUCCACCAGCUCAGUGCUGAGCGUGCACACGGAGAAGAAGGACAAAGCCAAGGAGGAUCUUCGGCUGGCACUCCGGGAGGGGCGGGGCAUCCUCGAGAGCCUCCAGGAGCCACCAGCAGAGGGCACUGUGCAGGGUGUGAACCAGGACCAGCUGGACAGCCAGGCCACAGUGCAGAGGCUCCUGGCCCAGCUGCACGAGACCGAGGCUGCCUUCGAUGAGUUCUGGGCAAAGCACCAGCAGAAGCUGCAGCAGUGCCUGUGUCUGCGCCACUUUGAGCAGGGCUUCCGUGAGGUCAAAGCCGCACUGGACGCAGUGUCCCAGAAGGUAGUGAGCUUCACGGACAUCGGAAACAGCCUGGCACAUGUGGAGCACCUGCUGAAGGACCUGGCCAGCUUCGAGGAGAAGUCCAGCGUGGCUGUGGAGAGGGCCCGUGCCCUGGCACUGGAGGGAGACGGGCUCAUCGACAACAAGCACUACGCCGUGGACUCCAUCCGCCCCAAGUGCGAGGAGCUGCGGCACCUCUGUGGCCAGUUCUCCGCGGAGAUCAGCAGGAGGCGGGGGCUGCUCAGCAAAGCCCUGGAGCUGCACAGCCUGCUGGAGACGUCCAUGAAAUGGUGCGACGAGGGCAUCUACCUGCUGGCCUCACAGCCUGUGGACAAGUGCCAGUCCCAGGAUGGCGCCGAGGCAGCUCUGCAGGAGAUCGAGAAGUUCCUAGAGACUGGUGCAGAGUACAAGAUCCGGGAGCUCAAUAAAAUCUACAAGGAAUACGAGUCCAUUCUCAACCCAGACCUCAUGGAACAUGUGCAGAAGGUCUUCCAGAAGCAGGAGAGCAUGCAGGAGAUGUUCCACCGCCGGCAGGCCAGCCUCAAGAAGCUGGCGGCCAAGCAGACGCGACCGGUGCAGCCCGUGGCCCCCAGGCCGGAAGCGCUCACAAAGUCACCUUGCCCAUCCCCAGGCGCCUGGCGUGGACCUGAGAACUACGGCUCUGAGGGCAGCGCACUGCGGCGGGGGCCCUACCGCAGGGCCAAGAGUGAAGCGAGUGAGAGCCGGCAGGGCAGGGGCAGCUCCACAGGGGAUGAGGAGGAGAGCCUGGCCAUCCUGCGCAGGCACGUGAUGAAUGAGCUGCUGGACACAGAACGGGCCUAUGUGGAGGAGCUGCUCUGCGUCCUGGAGGGCUACGCCGCAGAGAUGGACAACCCUCUGAUGGCCCACCUCAUCUCCACGGGCCUGCACAGCAAGAAGAGCGUGCUGUUUGGAAACAUGGAGGAGAUCUACCACUUCCACAACAGGAUCUUCCUUCGGGAGCUGGAGAACUGCAUUGACUGCCCGGAGCUGGUGGGGCGCUGCUUCCUGGAGCGGAUGGAGGACUUCCAGAUCUACGAGAAGUACUGCCAGAACAAGCCACGCUCCGAGAGCCUAUGGAGACAGUGCUCCGACAGCCCCUUCUUCCAGGAAUGCCAGCGGAAGCUGGACCACAAGCUGAGCCUGGACUCCUACCUGCUGAAGCCCGUACAGAGGAUCACCAAGUACCAGCUGCUGCUCAAGGAAAUGCUGAAGUACAGCCGGAACUGCGAGGGGGCUGAGGACCUGCAGGAGGCGCUCAGCUCCAUCCUGGGCAUCCUCAAGGCCGUGAACGACUCCAUGCACCUCAUCGCCAUCACUGGCUAUGAUGGCAACCUGGGCGACCUUGGCAAGCUGCUGAUGCAGGGUUCGUUCAGUGUGUGGACGGACCACAAGAAGGGCCACACCAAGGUGAAGGAGCUGGCACGCUUCAAACCCAUGCAGCGGCACCUUUUCCUGCAUGAGAAGGCCGUGCUCUUCUGCAAGAAGAGGGAGGAGAAUGGGGAAGGAUACGAGAAGGCGCCAUCCUACAGCUACAAGCAGUCCCUGAACAUGACCGCCGUGGGCAUCACAGAGAAUGUGAAGGGUGACGCCAAGAAGUUUGAGAUCUGGUACAACUCGAGGGAGGAGGUGUACAUCAUCCAGGCGCCAACCCCCGAAAUCAAAGCAGCAUGGGUGAGUGAGAUCCGAAAGGUGCUGACCAGCCAGCUGCAGGCCUGCCGGGAGGCCAGCCAGCACAGGGCCUUGGAGCAUUCGCACAGCCUGCCUCUGCCUACACCAGCCAGCACCAGUCCCUCAAGAGGAAAUAUGAGAAACACCAAAAAGCUGGAGGAGAGGAAGACAGACUCCCUGAGCCUGGAAGGAUAUGUGAGCGCCACCCUGUCCAAGCCCGCCGAGAAAGGCAAAGAUGACGCAGUCUCUAGCUCUGCCUCUGAGAGCUCUGCGCUGUCCAGAAAGCGCUUCACCCUGCAGGGCUUUGCCAGCCUCAAAGGGCAGAAAGCUUCUCCUACCAGUCCUGACAAAAAAGCUAAGCGGCAUGAAGUAAAGAGCGACCCGACUCCCUUUGGUUUGCGAGGCUGGAGCAAAGCAUCCCACUCCCUGGAGGCCCCCGAGGACGACGGUGGCUGGUCCAGCGCAGAGGAGCCCAUCAACUCAUCUGAUGCUGAGGAAGACGGCGGAGUGGGCCCCAAACAGCUGGUCCCUGGUAAAUACACUGUCGUGAUGGACGAUGACAAGGGGGAGCCCAACACCCUCAAUAUGAGGAGCGGAGACGUGGUGGAAGUGGUAGAGGAGGGCACUGAGGGGCUCUGGUAUGUGCGGGACCUGACCAGCAGCAAGGAGGGCUGGGUGCCAGCCAGCAGCCUGUGCGUGCUCCUGGGCAAGUCCAGCUCGGCCCAGUGUCUGAACAGCUCAGAGUCGAGCCCAGGGUCGGCCGUGCUGAGCAACUCCUCAAGCUGCAGUGAGGGCUGCCCCGUGACCUUCGACCUCCAUGCAUAGUGGCCAGGCCUGGCAGGACACCAGGGCCCGCAGGCCAGCAUGCGAUCUCUGCGUUUUCUUUUGCUUGGGCUUGCUUAGUUUGGGGAGAGGCGGUGCUGCAGGAUCCAGCAAAGGAGGCCCCAUCCGUGCGUGGCCAUGGCAGGAUGCAUGGCCCUCAGCGCCCGACCCAGCCAGCCACGGCAUCUGCAGAGAAUCCUCCUGCUCAGAGGGGCCUCGCCGAGCAGCCACCCUGCACCCAGCCUGUCACUACCAACAGCCUGUGGAGGUGGCUUGGGACUCUCGUCUUUUAUAAGUUUUUUAUUUCCUUUAAACAGGGAUUAAUCCCAUGGCCAUUUUUGGUGGUACUUUGGCUUCAGAUCUUUACCAGGAAUCACUGUGUUUACAUGAAAUGACAAUUUGAUACUGUAUUUGAUAUAAAACUAUUUUUUUGUUACUGGGGCUUCCAUCGAAGCACAUUGUUUUUACCACUAAAUGGUGUGGGGGACUCUUUCUGCACUCCCUGAGGUGCUCCUGCUGCAGGUGACAGGGACACGGCACCUGGUAAAGUCAGUGGCAGCUCCAUACCCAAAGGCAGCGAAAGACCAAGGAGGUCCAUCCACCUGCAUAUGUUUCAUGUUCACAGGAAAAUUUAAGCUAUAAUUUAAAAUAUUGACCUUCUUUUCUACAAAAAAAGGGGGAAUUAUCAGUUUUUUAAGAGCUUCGCUGAAUCAGGAUAUUUUUACUGUUUUUAAAGAAAAAUGUAAAGUUGUAAUUUCUGCAGGGUCUCUGUGGCUCGACGGUCAGCUGCACUUGGGACUUGGUCGCUCCCUGCUUCCCUACCUGUCCCUCCCCUAGGCAGGCAGGACCUCCGCACCCCUCCCCAGCGCCACCUGCUGCCUCCUUGCAGGAAGUCGCCCCCAGGUGCUGAGUCAGAGUCGCCAGGGCAGAUCUGGACGUGGGGAGGGUCCGCUUUAUCCAAGUCACGGCAGAACUAGGAUGAAAGCCCUUCUAUUCUUCUUUUCUGUGUGUCUCAGAAACCGAUCUCUUGUUCUGAAUCACUUCCUGUGCCCAGCAGGGCAGAUAUUUUUGUACGUGUGUAUAUAUGUUCACGUGUGUACAUUUGAUUUGAUGUAAAGGAUGUAUUUAUGUCUCAAGCUGCUGAACAGUGUCACUUUACAGUCCUCUCCCUGCCCCCUCUCCCGGCUGGCACUGCCCCACCGUGGUCGAGGCCACGCACUCUCCCCUCCCGCUGGUGCAGGGCCAUCUCUGGGCAGACCUCCAGAGAAUGGUAACCCAACAGAAGACGCAUGGACACUCGGGGGCUUUUCUUCUGGUUACACAGGUUUGCAAGGCACCGCGGGAUGCAGCUGGCCUGAUCUGUGUUCAGGCAGAGCUCCUUCUGUCCCAACAGGAGCCUGCCCUUCCUGUGGUCUCCUUCUCAUAACGGCACUUUAAAAUGUCACAUUUAAUUCACUGUUACUUUUCUUUUUUUACUGCUGAUGUAAAUGAAAUUUUAAAAUCAAGGUCUGUACUGUGUGGAUGAAGUUUGAAUAAAUGUCAGCACCUCCUGCUA